ACAACCAUGAAAGUAAUCGCUGUUGCCAUUAUUGCCUGCAUCCUGCUCAUUGGAUUCACGGAUCUAGCCUUGGGAUGCAAUUGUGGAUGCGAACCUUGUGGUCCUGGCGGCAAAGCUUGCAAGGGUUGUCCUGAAAGGGUUGCUCUCUGCCAGGACCUCAUCAACCUUGUGAAGAACCUCCAGCAGAGGGUCCGCCAGUGCGUCUGCGGAGAGCCGACUUGGAUGUUGUAG